AUGGAUAUCUUCUUUCAGAUGCCAGACAGGGAAGCUAACAGCACCUUUACAUACAAGGACGUUCUUGUCGUUGGAGAGCAAAAGAAGUCAUACGACGCGAGCCGGUUCAAGGCGGAUCUCCUCCAACUUACUCGCUAUGUACGGGGUGUCUUUGCCGACCAGCCAACGCGCCGUUUCGUCCACGCGUUCUCCCUCAGCUCUUCCAAGAUGGAGCUCUGGGUCUUCGAUCGGUCCGGGCCGUAUAGCUCAGGGUUAUUCGAUAUUCACGACGAGCCAGACAAGUUCGCGCGAGCUCUUGUUGGAUAUGCUACGAUGAAUAAGCGGAAACCCGAGGUGGACCAUCUCAAGCUGGCAGGAGAGAAGGGUGUCAAGGGGGUGGCGAGAGUGGUGGCGCACCGUCAAAUCACCAACAUUGCAGACAUGCGGAAGGGACUGGAGUUUCCAAAACCUCACCCGUUUCGGGAUGAAGACGUUUAUUUCAGGGAUCUACCAUCGGCCGUAGGAAGCACGAGCACAAGGCGGCGGUCCAACAGCCAGAAACCGAAGCUGGCUAAGGAAAUCAAGGAGCAGCUGUCGAUCGGCAAGACCAAACCAAGCUUGUGUACUUCUACGGGCGAGGAUCCAUUUGAGAACAGGAUCUAUUCGUGCCUCGUCGUCUCACCAGCCGGCCGUGUCAUCAGCGAUUUCAAGACGAUCAAGGAACUGCUCCAGUCGAUGCGAGAUGCGAUCAGGGCACACCAAUCUCUGUAUGUGACCGGCAAGAUUCUCCACCGCGACGUCUCUUCAAACAAUAUCAUUAUUACGAAACCUGAACUGGCGGAUGGCUUCAAGGGCAUGCUCAUCGACCUUGACCUGGCCAAAGUGAGAGACAGUGGCCCGAGCGGAGCGCGGCACCAGACCGGCACGAUGCAGUUUAUGGCGGUCGAGGUGCUGCGCGAGGCCGAUCACACCUACCGACACGAUCUGGAGUCGUUCUUCUACGUCCUGAUUUGGAUGUGUGUGCGUGAAUCAUGGACCAAGAAGCAGUUUAGCCGUGGAGAGAGGCCCCCUAAGGAGAGUCUUCUUCGGAGAUGGGAAGUCGGCAGCUUCAAGUAUAUUGCGGCUGCUAAAGAAGGCGAUAUGACCGUCAAUAGGCUUGAAGAGAUUAUGGGCGAGUUUCCAGAGUCGUUGGAUGUUGUCAAGCCGCUCUGUUUGAGGAUCAGAUCGAUAAUGUUUGGAGACACAGCGAGGCUUAACUUUGGAACCCCUGUAGGGGAUUCAGACCAACUUUACAAGCCCCUCGUAGCUGCCUACGAUGAUACUAUCAGCGAGCUCUAG